AUGCAAGAAAUACCGUCGAUCAGAGUAGAAUUGGUCAGACGACCAAAGCGGAAGUCAUCUCGCUGGAUAUCAAAGGUAGCAUCUAGUAAUGAUAAUCGAAGAAAUCGAAAACAUUUGCCUUUAAAAUCUGACGAAAAAGCAUUAUCUACAGAAGAACAUCGAUCCAACUAUCCAGUUCUAUCAAAUAAUAGUUUAAAUUCUGACCUACAAACUGUUACCACAGAUUCACAGAUUUCAUCUGAGAAGAAAACAAAUCGGAUGUAUACGCCAACAAUCUUUUCAUUGAAUAUCGAAUCUGCAACAUCAGAGAUCUCUUCUAAUUAUGCACCUGCAUGGGAUUCUCAUAAAAAGUCAAAGAAGAAGAAUAAAAAAUGUCCAAAACCGUGGAUUAUUAUUCUUGGUGUUUUGAUUAUUUUCAUGAUCUUAGUCGGUAUAGCAAUAGGUAUUUAUACUCUACUUAGAAAAAAUCAAUUGAAGACAACAAUAUCAAAUCCGGAAUGGUUCGCUACGACUAACAUGAUUGAUAUUCGAUAUUAUCAUACAGCGACUGUAUUAACCAAUGGCAAAGUAUUGGUUGCUGGUGGAAAUAAUGGCUCUGUAUUAGAUAAUGCUGAAUUAUUUGAUCCAACUACAGAAACUUGGAUAACUACGGGUAGUAUGAAUUUCGAACGAUUUGGGCAUACAGCAACUUUACUAGCAAAUGGGCAAGUAUUCAUCAUUGGUGGAUUUAGUAGUAGUACGCAAUGGAAUAGUACUGAAUUAUAUAAUCCAUUAACUGGAUCAUGGAUAAUUACCUCUAAUAUGAUCGAAAGUCGAUCUUAUCAUACAGCAACUGUGUUACAAAAUGGAAAAGUAUUAGUCACCGGUGGACGAGAUGAUAAUGGUGUUUUUAUAAGUAGAUGUGAGAUAUAUAAUCCAUCAACAGGAUUAUGGACAAGUACUGGAAAUAUGAUCAAUGCCAGAGGUCUACACACAGCAUCCAUAUUAGCGAAUGGUAAAGUUCUUGUUGCUGGUGGAUACGAUAUUGGAGCGUUGAAUACUGUUGAACUAUAUGAUCCAUCUACAGGUGUCUGGACAAUUACCGGUAACACAAAUUAUAAUCGCUACAUGCAUACAGCAUCAAUAUUAAACAACGGAAAAGUACUUAUAACUGCUGGUAGCAGCAAUGGUGCUCUUCUGAAUACUGCGGAAUUAUAUGAUCCAUCAACAGGUUUAUGGUCAAAUACUGGUAGUAUGAAUUACACAGCGUAUUAUCAUACAUCAUCAGUGUUACAAAACGGAAAUGUUUUAGUAUGUGGUGGAUAUAAUAGUUUUGCUUUGAAUAAUGCUGAAUUAUAUAAUCCAUCAACAGGUUUAUGGACAAGUACUGUUAGUAUGAAUUCUUCUCGUUAUGCACACGUGGCAUCCGUUUUGUCAAAUGGAAAAGUACUUGUUACUGGUGGAAGUAGUAAUAUUGGUUAUUUAAGUAGUUCAGAACUCUAUCAACCGUAG